UUUUAGGAUUUUGAUGAUCGACAGUGAUUGAGUAAGGCAAUAAGAUUAGAUCUGUCAACAUUAAACAUUUCUUUGGACAGUGAAGAAAGAAGAGAAAUCAUUUGAUGCACUCAAAGAAACGCGUAAGCAAAAGCGAAAGUUAGGGUCAUAAUAAUCACAAUCUCUGUCGGUAGAUUUUUGUUUGUUCGAAUUCAUUGGGCUCUGCUCGAAUCUGGGUUUAGAGUAAACCGUGGAGGAUUCGUAGGGGAAAGAUGAGGAGGCGGAGGGUAGUUAGAAGGAGACUGUUGAGUUGGAUAUGGCUUCUCCUUGCUUCUUUCUCUCUGGCUGGUUUGGUUCUCUUCAUGGUUCAGCAUCAUCAUCAGCAACAAGAUCCAUCUCAGCUUAUACUUGAAAGAGACACAAGAACCGAGAACGUAUCUCCUCCCCAUUUAAACUUCACGGAAGAGGUAACAAGUGCUUCCUCGUUCGCUCGGCAGUUAGGAGAGCAAAUGACGCUUGCCAAGGCUUAUGUUUUUAUAGCCAAAGAGCACAACAAUCUCCACUUAGCUUGGGAGCUGACUUCUAAGAUCAGAAGCUGUCAGCUUCUGCUCUCAAAAGCAGCGAUGAGAGGUCAACCCAUUUCACUAGACGAAGCAAAACCCAUCGUUACGGGCCUUUCAACUCUUAUCUACAAGGCGCAAGACGCGCAUUACGACAUAGCCACCACAAUGAUGACCAUGAAAUCUCACAUCCAAUCCCUUGAAGAGCGCGCAAGCGCAGCUACCGUUCAAACCACACUAUUUGCGCAAUCGCUUGCAGAGGCACUACCAAAGAGCCUCCACUGUUUGAUAGUCAAGCUCACAUCUGAUUGGUUAACUGAGCCACCAUCACGCCGUGGACUAGCGGAGGACUCACCUAGGCUUGUUGACAACAACCUCUCCCAUUUCUGCAUCUUUACUGAUAACGUUAUAGCCGCCUCUGUUGUUGUUAAUUCAACCGUCUCUAACGCUGAUCAUCCGAAGCAGCUUGUUUUCCACAUAGUGACGAAUCGAGUGAGCUACAAAGCUAUGCAGGCUUGGUUUCUAAGUAACGACUUCAAGGGCUCAGCGAUAGAGAUCAGGAGCGUUGAAGAGUUUUCUUGGCUGAAUGCUUCCUAUUCUCCUGUUGUUAAGCAACUUCUGGAUACAGACUCAAGAGCUUACUAUUUCGGAGACCAGACAAGUCAAGAAACAAACUCUGAGCCAAAAGUGAGGAACCCCAAGUACUUAUCAUUACUAAACCAUCUCAGAUUCUACAUCCCCGAGGUCUAUCCGCAGCUAGAGAAGAUCGUGUUCCUAGACGACGAUGUUGUCGUUCAGAAAGAUUUGACUCCACUCUUCUCCAUGGAUCUUCACGGAAACGUCAACGGAGCUGUGGAGACGUGUCUUGAAGCCUUCCACCGUUAUUACAAGUAUCAAAACUUCUCCAACUCGCUCAUCAGCUCAAAGUUCGACCCACAAGCAUGCGGAUGGGCUUUUGGUAUGAACGUUUUCGACUUGAUCGCUUGGAGGAAAGCGAAUGUGACUGCUAGGUACCACUACUGGCAAGAGCAGAACUCAGAACGAACGCUUUGGAAGCUGGGGACUCUGCCUCCAGGUCUAUUGGCUUUCUAUGGUCUCACUGAACCGCUAGACAGAAGAUGGCAUGUGUUAGGUUUAGGUUACGAUGUGAACAUUGAUAACCGUUUGAUCGAAACGGCUGCUGUGAUUCACUAUAAUGGUAACAUGAAACCUUGGCUGAAGCUGGCUAUAGGUAGGUAUAAACCGUUCUGGUUAAGGUUUUUGAACUCGAGCCAUCCUUAUUUACAAGAUUGUGUCACAGCUUAAAAGCAAAAGAAACUUUUUGAGUCUAAUCACAAAUCACAAGAUUCUUGAUUUCUUAUACACUUUGAAGAUUUUUUUUUUGUAAUAUUGUAGAGAUCUCAGAAAGUUUGUCAGGUUCAGAUAUUCUCUGAAGACUGUUCUUCUUAUUGUCUGAAAAGAAAUUUAUAGUCACACAUUAGAAAUGGUUAAAAUGUACUUAAACUUGAGUACGUUACAUGUAUUAUUAUUUACAUUUGACACUGGUUUAUUCUUUUUAGAAGGUUUUUGGUGUUCCAUA